AUGGCUGAUUUACCUGAAGCACGGGUGAAUACUGUAAAGUAUGUAUUUAAAAAAUGCGGCGUGGAUUACGCGAGACCUUUUUAUUACAAGGAAGGUCAAAGAAAAACUGCUAAGUCAGUAAAAUGUUACAUGGCGUUAUUUGUGUGCUUAUCCACUAGAGCGGUGCAUAUAGAGUUAGCGGCCGAUCUCUCGGCGGAAACCCAUUUAAAUGUACUUAAGCGAUUCAUUUCUAGGAGAGGUCGUCCUAUCGAAUUGUAUUCUGACAAUGGCCUAAAUUUUGUUGGAGCAAAUCACGAACUCAACGAAUUGUACAAGUUAUUUAAGGACGAAUCUAUUAAGCAAAAAAUCAACGAUUUCAUGGCAACUGAAAGGGUGAAAUGGCAUUUUAUUCCUCCUAGAGUUCCGCAUAUGGGUGGCAUUUGGGAGGCAGCAAUCAAAAGUGCUAAGUUUCAUUUGAAACGCGUAACUAAAGAAGCAUCGUUAAGGUACGAUGAAUUGUUUACCCUGAUGGUACAAGUUGAAGCCAUAUUAAACUCCAGACCUCUCGCUCCUGUAUCCAACGAUCCCAGCGAUUUAAAUGCACUCACUCCGGGACAUUUUAUGAUUGGCUGUCCUAUCACUCAUUCCCGGAGCCCAGUAUGGAAUGUCUUCCAGCAAACAGACUAUCACGUUGGCAACGAUUCGAACAAUUGGAACAACAUCCGUGGCGUCGUUGGAUGA